CCCUUCCAUCAUUUCCCCAUCUCUUUACUCACUCUCUUCCCUACAACAAACAUGGCCGCGAAAUCUGACGGUGCAGCCGUCUCUCUCCGGAACGAGCUGCCUCCCGAGUGUCCCUCCAGGUCGGACCCGCGGCCUCCGCGCGCGCCGCGGCCCGCCGAGCAGCGCUACUCGGUCCCGGACUGCUGCUGGACGCUGUGCGCCCUGCUGGUCUUCUUCUCGGACGGGGCCUCAGACCUGUGGCUGGCGGCGGACUACUACCUGAGGAGGGACUACUGGUUCUUCGCCCUGACUCUGGUCUUCGUGGUCGUCCCGUCCGUGGUGGUGCAGCUGCUGAGCUUCCGAUGGUUCGCCUUCGACUUCUCGGCCGUGGAGAGCGGCGCGGCGGCGGCGGCCGUGGUGGCGGCGUCCGGGGCGCACGAGAGCGGCUUGAGCGGCAAGGACGGCGGCGGCGGCGGAGAGCGGGGCGCUGGCCGCACUGCCGGGCCGGGCAGCACCGGGGGAGGAGCCCGGAGCUGCUGCAGAGCCUUCAUGUGGCUCUUCCAGGGCGUCGUUCACUUGUUCCAGCUGGCUCAGGUCUGGAGGUACGUCCACGCCCUGUAUCUGGGCGUGCAGAGCCGCUGGCACGGCGACCCGGAGCGCCGCCACUACUACUGGAGGAUGAUGUUCGAGAGCGCCGACAUCAGCAUGCUGCGCCUGCUGGAAUCUUUCCUGAAGAGCGCCCCGCAGCUGGUGCUGCAGCUCAGCAUCAUGGUCCAGGUCGGUCAGGUGCGGCCCCUUCAGGGGCUUUCGGCUUCUGCCUCGCUGAUAUCCCUCGCCUGGAUGAUCUCCUCCUAUCAGAAAGUCCUCAGGGACUCCCGAGACGAUAAGCUGCCCAUGACCUACAAGGCCGUCAUAGUUCAGAUUCUGUGGCACUUGUUCGCCAUCGGGGCGCGCACGCUGGCCUUCGCCCUUUUCCUCUCCGUGUUCCAGCUCUACUUCGGCAUCUUCAUCGUCGCCCACUGGUGCAUCAUGACAUUCUGGAUUAUCCAGGGCGAGACGGACUUCUGCAUGUCCAAGUGGGAGGAGAUCAUCUACAACAUGAUGGUGGGCAUCGUGUACGUCUUCUGCUGGUUCAGCGUGAGGGAGGGGCGCACGCGCUGCAGGAUGCUCAUCUACAGCCUGACCGUGCUGGUGGAGAACGUGGCGCUGACCGCCGCCUGGUACCUGCACCCCGGGCCCCGCUCCUCAGACUUCUACGCCGUCAUCAUGGUGUGCGUGGUGGCCAGCAGCUACGCUCUGGGCACCUUCUUCAUGUUUGUGUACUACUGUCUGCUGCACCCCGACGGCUCGGUGUGGGGCUGGGGCUACAUUGUGGAGAAGGAGGUUCCCGUGGAGACGCUGGUGUCCCCGACCUCCAGCCUGCCCCCCGACCUGGUGAGCAGCCCCCCCAGGACCCUUCAGAGAACUAAAGGGUCAGAGCAGGGGCCCGGGGUGGACGGAGACGUGUUUCAGGUGCGGCCGCCCCGGGGGGCUCAGGCGCCGGUGUCCCGCCUCACACCCAGGACAGAGGGGCCCGUCAUCAGAAUAGACCUUCCCAGGAAGCAGUACCCGGCCUGGGACGCUCACUACAUCGACCGCAGACUGCGUAAAACCAUCCUGGUGCUGGAGAGCGCCGCUCCGGUCACGCCAAGGAUUCAGUACCGCUGCCUGGGCACGCCCAAAGAAGUGAUGGAGUACGAGACCACCGUGUGACACGCCGAAGGGGCUGUGACUCUCAGCUCGCCGCCAUCGCAGGUGCCCUGCCUUAAACGAAGAUGGCAGGAGGAGGACUCUCACUGAGCGGCCUGUGCUGGACGCAGACAGGCAGAGAGAGAGGGAGUCGCUGUCGUGUAUUUAUUUUUCACGAAGGCAAAAAAAAUCCUGUGGUGUGGUCCCACGGUGGUGCGUACCUUGGUUUUCUGUAUCAUCUCUCAGGUCAGGACGCGGUGCAGGACGUCGGCGGCGGAUCUCGCCGCGGAACGAGCACAGGCAGAAGCACAGGCAGGCAGAGAGAGUUGAGCUGUUGUCAAUCAGAGGCGCAAAAGUCCUCCUCAAGCGAAGGUGCUUCAGCGCAUCCCGCCCAGGCGGCCGCUGACAGAGACAGACCUUCAACAUGCUUGAUCAUUUAUGGCGGCUGCUGGUGAAGCGCUGCAGUUUGAAACACCCGCAACACCGACACAACGCGGGUAGCGAUCUCCAUGACCGUCAUCUCCCAUAGCUUUUCACACAUGUUGAAGGAGUCUCUGAAAACGCUGCUUUAGCUCUGAAGGGUGAUUUAAAAGCUACAUUUCAGUUGAAUGUAAAAAGAACUAAAAAAAAAAAAAAAAAAAGGAAUGACAAUGUGAUUAUUUGUGACAAGGCUUUGAGCAUUUCCGUGCUGUUUGUGGGAUUUACAACAUUCCUGUGGUACUAUAUUUGUUUUCCAGGUAAGCUAGAGUGAAAAAGAAAAAACACAAAAA